AUGAUAGAACUAAAAGACCACCGCAUCGAUAUCUGCGCCCUUCAAGAAACCAAAAAAAAGGGAAAUGGACAACAAAUAUACGACGAUUACAUGGUAAUAUACAGUGGAGUCAGCAAAGACGAACGUGCGAAAGAAGGAGUGGCACUGGCAAUACACAAGAAAUAUACAAACAGCAUAGAAGAAUGUCAAUAUACAUCAUCUCGCAUACUAAUCGUUAAACUGCGAACAGAAACUCAAUUAUUAAAUAUAAUAUCGAUAUAUGCACCCGAAGAUAAUAAGCCAAAACAAGAGCGAGAAAGUUUCUAUGAACAGCUUCAAAAUAUUACAGAAUCACUACCACAGAAUGAAUCGAUAAUAAUCCUUGGAGAUUUUAACGCACGCAUUGGUAACGAAGUGAUACCAGGCGUAAAACAACGCUUUAACGAAAAUAUAUUGAACGACAAUGGGGAAUUGCUGAUGAACCUAUGUUCGCUAUGUGAUCUAAGAAUCAACAACACCUUCUUUGAUCUCAAACCACAGUACAAAUCCACUUUCCGUAACUCCCGGGGACAACAAUCAACAAUAGACUACAUCGUAACCAAUAGACAUAUACACCCCGCACAGAUACAAGAAGUAAGGACAUUAAACUCCGCGAAUGCAGGAAGUGACCACAGUUUGCUUCUGGGAAAAAUCAAAAUGAAACUUAACCUGGGAAGGAAUAGAGAACCAAGAGCACACACAGAAAAAAUAAACAUCGAAUCCAUGUGGGACACAACCAUAAAAGAACUAUAUAAAAACCGUUUAAAAGGGAAAAUCGAUAAAAACCCGAUAGAAGAAAAUGAUGAUAUUAACAACAGUUGGAAGAGAUUAAAAGAAAAUAUCAUAGAAGCAGCAAGUGAAUCGCUUGGAACUCGGACUAUAAGACCACAAAAACAAAGAACGAACAAAACAUUAUGGUUCUCCAGCAAGGUCAAAGAACAGUGCAAAAAGAAAAAGAAAGCGUACUUAAACUACAUGUCGUCACAAACGGCAGAAGCAUAUAAAGAAUAA